GACUAGGACUAGAUUAGUGUAUGAGGAUUAAUUUGUGACUGUGAUUACGGGUGACUGGGGUUGUCAGUCGAUGGCCAUGUGGUGUGCAUUUAUAGCCGUUUUAGUGGGAGUGCUGGCCCCGUGUCUGUCCUUAGAGAAUGGAUUAGCCUCUACUCCUCCCAUGGGUUGGUUAUCGUGGCAAAGAUUCAGAUGCAACACCGACUGCACCGGCGAUCCUGAGAAUUGUAUCAGCGAACGCUUAUUUCGCACCAUGACGGAUCUGGUCGUUUCGGAGGGAUAUGCGGCUGCUGGAUACGAGUACAUUAACGUAGACGACUGCUGGAUGGAAAAAUCAAGAGGCUCCAGGGGCGAACUGAUCGCCGACAAGAUACGAUUUCCGAGUGGAAUGAGGGAUCUUUCUGAAUAUGUGCAUUCCCGAGGUCUCAAAUUCGGAAUUUACCAAGAUUUUGGCAAUUACACUUGUGCCGGUUACCCAGGGGUCAUUGGCCAUAUGCAGCAAGACGCAGAAUCAUUUGCUUCGUGGGAUGUGGAUUAUGUGAAGUUAGAUGGAUGUUACUCUUUACCUACAGAUAUGGAUCGUGGGUAUCCAGAAUUUGGAUUUUAUUUAAAUAAUACAGGAAAAGCUAUGAUCUAUUCGUGCAGUUGGCCUGUUUAUCAAAUUUAUGCCGGAAUUCGACCUAACUAUUCAGCUAUAAUAGAACAUUGUAAUUUAUGGAGAAACUUUGAUGACAUUCAAGAUAGCUGGCAUUCCGUGGAGACUAUUAUCGACUAUUACGGCGAUAAUCAAGACGAUAUAACUCCAAACGCGGGCCCAGGUCAUUGGAACGAUCCUGACAUGUUGAUCAUUGGCAAUUUUGGCUUGAGUUACGAGCAGAGCAAAACACAAAUGGCACUUUGGGCGAUCAUGGCUGCUCCACUUCUAAUGUCGGUUGACUUGAGGACUAUUCGUCCGGAGUAUAAAGCGAUUUUGCAAAAUCGAAAAAUUAUAGCUGUGGACCAAGAUGUACUAGGCAUUCAAGGUAGAAGAAUAUACAAGAAUAAAGGAAUAGAGAUCUGGUCGCGUCCGAUCAGUCCAGUGUACCAGUCUUACUACUCUUAUGCCGUCGCUUUCGUCAAUCGUCGAUCUGAUGGUACACCGUCUGAUGUUGCAGUCACACUCAGAGAAUUAGGGCUUUCGGCUCCCAGCGGAUAUCGAGUCGAGGAUCUGUACGAAGACGUCGACUACGGAGUGCUUAGCUCUGAUACGAAAAUAAAAGUAAAAGUUAACCCAUCAGGUGUCGUCAUUCUUAGAGCAGAUGUACAAAAGAUGUAUAACAAUCUCGGUAGAUCAUCAUAUAAUCCACUAGGCGUUUUCCGGCUAUAGAGGAAAAUUAAUUAUUAAGAAAUAAGAUACAAUUACUGAUGUAUAAAAUAUAGCAAGUAAAUCAUCAUGGCCAUUGUAAUAAAUGUAAUAUAUUAAGAUUAAUAUAAAGAC